GCAGGUUUUAGAUAAGAGCAAAGUCGAAAGGAAUCAGGCUAGUUGUUCAAGUGAAAAAUUAAUUAGUGAGGCGGUACGGAAUUUUCAAUUUGAAAAGAACAAACCAGUUGGCAAAUAUUUGCCAUAUAAUUUUUUUAAAAUACCAUUAGUUUAGUUGAUCAAACUUAGCAAUGUCAUAUACUAAGGAACAGGAAACCAUAGUGUUGAAGGUUUUAUCUUAUAAACCCCACCAAUUCUAUGAGAUAUUAUCUGUUAGUAAGACAUCUAAUGAUAAUGAGAUUAAGAAGUCAUAUCGAAAAUUGGCAGUUAAGUUACAUCCAGAUAAGAAUCCCCAUCCAAGAGCCAGUGAAGCAUUUAAGUAUUUGAAUAAGGCAUGGAGUGUAUUGGGGGAUGAAAGUAAGAAGAGAAUAUAUGAUCAGACGGGAUCGGAUCCUGAUUCAAGAGGAGGAUUUGGAGGAGGAGCAACAUCAGCAUCAACGUCAGGAUUUUCAAGAGGAGGAGGAUUUGGCGGAGGACCCACCAAUUUAGAUGAGGAUAUAUUUAAUAUGUUUUUCGGAGGAGGACCCGGAAGAGGAGCAUCGGGACCAGGGUUUGCAUUUGGUAAUAAUGGAUUUACAUUUCAAACAUUUGGAGGAGGUGACCAUCCAUUUUUCAGUUCUAGACAAUUUCCUCGAGGUAAUAAUGCAAGAAGACAACAACAACAACAACAACAAAGGGCCCAGGAACCAUCGAUAUAUGACACAUUAAAACAAUUAUUACCAUUAUUAUUAUUUUUAAUUGUUCCAAUUUUAUCAGCAUUAUUUUCUGAUAGUAAUUCAACCCCCGAUUAUUCAUUUAGUCCAAAUAGACAUUAUAAUACUGAACGUUAUACCCCCAAGCACAAGAUACCAUUUUAUAUUAACCAACAAUCAUUUAAUAAGAAGGAUUUGAGUGCACAACAAGUGAGAAAUUUCGAAUCAAAAGUUGAAAAUUUAUACGUGCAAGAUAAACGAUCCAAGUGUUCUAAAGAACAAAUCAUAAAGAAUGAACUAAUGGAGGAAGCACAAGGAUGGUUUACGGUUAAUACCCGGAAAUUGGCAGAAGCCGAAAGGAUGCCAAUGCCAAAUUGUCAAAAAUUAAGAGAUUUAAAUUUGAUUUAAUAUUAAUGUAUGUAAGAAUAAAAACAAUACCUAA